AAUAUGAUCCUAUUAAAUUUAAACAAAUAUUAGAACAAAAUAAACCUAAAUUAAUUGAAUUUUUUGAUGAAUUAGUUAAAGGUCUUAUACCAAAAAAAAAGAAAAAUAAAUUUGCAAAUAGUUAUAAAUUAGAUAUUGAACUUCAUUUAGCUUCUGCAGGAACCUUAUAUAAAGGUAUAGAUAUUUUAUCAAAUAUAGGACUUACAGUUUUAUCUAAAACUGUAUUAAGAUAUAAACAACAAAUUGUUGAAGAUCAUUUUAAAAAAAUUAGUAAAUAUUUUGAUAAAAAU